CUCCUUCGACUGCAAGUUUUUCGAUCUCACGGACGCACUUUCGGAGUGUCCUACUUCAGGGUUUCGUCUUCUUACACGUAGAUAGCCUUCGCGACUCUCGAGACGUGAAGAACUUGAAAGGGAUAUGAAAAUUUUGGCCAGAGAACGGCGGUUGGCCACAUCACGUAGCAAGUCCAAGUGAAUCGCGGAUGUUGAUUCGCGUGCGGUGCCUUGCAUGAAGUCUUCACAGCGGUGUUUGCUACAUCAGCUGACAUAAGUCAACAAACAUCUUCAAGCCCACUUGCAAAGCAUGUAUUCCAUCGUUCAAGAUUGUCUUCUCCUGUCUCAUCAUCGAGCUGAGAAGUCAAGACGAGGAAAUGGUUCGGCCGAAUCAGCUCGAAAUCGAUCACGAUGAAAAUCAUUACUUCUGCUUCCCUUGUCAACGACUCUUCAGCAGCUUCAGCGGUGCGGUCAACCACUGCCGACAUGCUGCGACCCAUGCCGGAGAAUGGUGCGAGCGAUGCGACUGGCUCUUCGUCUCCCAGGAUGCUCUACAUAUGCACGUUACUAACUCAGCAUGCCACAACAUCUGCCACUCCUGCAACAUCGACUACAGCAAUUGGAGUGAUCUAAACGUCCACAACGUCAAUGUCCACCACGAGUGUACCGAAUGUAACGAACGCUUUGUGAACGAAAACAAUUUGCGAGAGCACAAACGAGUCCAUUUGCCUCUCAAAUACGAGUGUCUAGGCUGCGACCGCUGGUUCUCUGAAUUCUCUGCCAUGAUGCUCCAUCUUGAGUCUGGAAAUUGUGAGAGUGGAGUGGACUGCGACGACAUCGACGACUGGGUAAUUGAUUACUGGGGUUUCAAGUUCGGGGACUACACUAAUGACUGGACCGACUACUACAAGUUUUGCUGCCCAUCCUGCGACAACGAGUUCCGGUUCGUGAGUGGACUGUUGCAACACAUUGCAAGUCAAGCUUGUGAUAUGGAUCUUGAUGAGGCGAUUGAGGAUUUCAACGCAUGCUUCGCAUGGCGGUUUUGCUGUCUAUAGGAAGAGAGGGAAGCAUGACAGAAGAGCCGAGAGAUGAGAUACUGUGGAGACUGUGUACAACUGUGAGAAGGUCACCUAACCACUAGCGAGACUGGCAUCAUAUCUCAAAUGCGAUCGAGAGCGGAUCCAGAUCAACGUUCGAAAUGGGUGACGAAUCGCAAAGCGCAGAUACUGCCUUGCCAUUGAGCCUUAGGCAUCUUUCAUGGAUGAGUGUCUGCAAAGAGUAUGAUUUCGGAACCGGCUCUCAGCAGAUAAGACCCAAAAUGACAUGGAGCGAGCCUUGUGCAUCACAUUAUCCACUGCCUAAGUUUGUCCAGAUCAUCUGUACGCGGACCUUAUCUUCGAGGUUGUCACCGACGAGACGCUCCAUAGGUAUGCUGAUUACACUGUCGAAUGGAUGGUACUUCUCCCACACUUGUCCAGAUCGAGACGGCCAAGUAUAUCCCUUUUAGGAAAGAGUUAGCAUCAACCUUCCACCGGACUGCUCAACGCCUAGACGCUACACAUACGGAAGGAUGAUACGGCUUCCAAUCCAAGCCAUGAAGUGCUAUAUAACCGGAGUCUUCAUGUGCUUCAUGGAAAGCGCCAAGGGACAAAACAAC